AUGGGACGAUAUGUCCCCCCGGAUCAAGAGGGCCUGAUGAGCGGAAACAAGCUGCAUGGGAAGCAUGCUCUGGGUGCUCGGGCGAACAAGAUAUCCCAGGGCAUUCUCACGGUCCGGUUUGAGAUGCCCUAUCCAAUAUGGUGUACGCACUGUCCGAAACCCACGAUCAUCGGACAAGGUGUGCGUUUCAACGCCGAGAAAAAGAAGGUCGGAAAUUACUAUUCGUCACCGAUAUUCAGUUUUCGCAUGAAGCAUGUCGCCUGCGGAGGUUGGAUUGAAAUUCGGACGGAUCCCAAAAACACGGCUUACGUGGUCACAGAAGGGGCAAGAAAGCGAGACCUGGGAGAGGACAAAGUUGAAGAAGGCGAUGUAAAGAUUCUGACACAGGAGGAGAGGGAGGCACUAAGGGCUAAUGCAUUUGCUGCCUUGGAGGGAAAGGUGGAAGACAAAAAGAAGUUGGAGUGCAGCAAAAAAAGGCUGGAGGAAUUACAGGAUCUGUCCGAGCAACAGUGGGAAGACCCGUAUGAGCAGAACAAGAGGUUGAGGAGUGCGUUUCGGGUGGGGAGAAAGCAGAGGGAAGCGGAGGCAGUUGUCGCUGCAUCUUUACAGGACAAAAUGAGCCUAGGGCUUGAUAUUCUUCCUGAGCAUGAAGAAGAUGUGCGCAGAGCUGGUUUGAUCGAGUUUGGUGAGGUUGACGGGAGUGUUGCUCUGAGCAAAGCUAUUUCCAAGCCGCUAUUCAUGCAAGAGCCCGUUGCGAAGAAAGCUAAGAGCAGAAAGGUGUCGAAACGGCGGGAAGCAGCAGAUCUUGCAAAACAGAAGACCGCGGACUUGGUCGCUGAAAUUCGAGAUAAUACCAGAGCUGCGAUGGAUCCAUUCCUCAUAGGUACUCGUUCUGUACCUAAGGGUACCCCGAUCUUGGCAGGUGUGAAGCGCAAGAGACUAGAGCCAAAGAAUACUCCAACUGACACGGCAACUGUUGGUUUGGUGGAUUACGACUCGGAUUGA